GAGUGCAAACUGAUGAGCAAUCAAAUGGUAUGAGUUUAUAGAUACCAGCUUCAUUUUAAUGUCAUAAACAGAAUCAGCGUAUCCUUAUCACAGUGGCAGAGGUAAUGCUUACAGGGCUGUCAUUAUCUAGCGCUUCAGCAAUCUGCUCUGGUACCCUGCCCUGGUCAGCUGUGGCCAAUUUGCGAGAGACUCCUGCCCGGCAGUUCAACAGCAGUAUUUUUUUCCCCUCACCCAAUUGGCAUUUCUCAUGUAUGACUCACUUCCCCGUCACCGCCCACAUGCAGCACAGAGGGCGGGCCUGCCUUUUAAAGCAGGAAAUACACUGGUUCAAAACAACAGUGCUGGCAGGAACGGCAACAGACUUUACGCAAGGGGUACAGUGAGCCAGAAUACAUACGGUGAUCAUGGCUGACAAGGAGCAACUCAAGAAGACAGCAGUCAAGGUUCUGUGCUGUGUGGAGAAGGUCUCCUCCUUUGCCUCCUCCAUAAACCCCCUCUUUGGCAUCGUCACUUCCCUGGUGGCAGUGGUCCGUAAGGGCCUGGUCAGUGAGGAAGACCAUGCUGUGGCCAAUGACUUCUGUGAGCUCCACAAGAAACUAGAGAGCAUCUCAGAGAAUAACCAGAAGAUCCUGAGGCAGAUCCAGUUCAAUGAGGUCCAAGAGAACUAUGGCAAGUAUGAACAGUUCAUGAAGCACCAGUAUGAGGCCUUCAACAACAUGGUGGGACGGAUCAAGAUUGACCCAGAGGACAAAGACCGUCACAUUAAUGAUUUCAUAGACAUCUAUGAGAGAGACGAGAGCGAUAACAGCUUGGAAGUCUACUACCAGAGUGUGAUGGGGAUUGCCUCAGUUUUUGGGCGGCCCAUUCUGGAGGUCUAUCUGAAGCACUGCAACAGUAACCACAAGGAUAUGGAGCACAUGUGUUUACACCUGACCCAUCUCUUCCACAUUGGGCUGAUUGCAUUCAUGGCCUACACCGUUGUCACUGAAAAUGAGAAGGAGGUGGAGAGGGUCAAGCAAAAGUGGAGUCGUCAGAUAGCAGAAAUCCAAGCAAAAAUGGAAGAAACCCUGAGCAAGUGCACAAACUGACUAUCGAAUCAUAGAGCAGCUAAUUUUAUUUGUUGCCAUUAAGGAUAAUUUGCUCAGCUUCAGGUGAAAUCAAAAAGGAAGUUCACACAACAGGAAAUAAAAUUGACACUGAGCAAUAGUAUUGUGGCCUUUAUCAAUGUAUACUGAACGUUCGCCCACUACUACGCUGAUUAUAUUCAAGAUUGCGCUAAUGCACUAACAUUUCCUGCAAGAAAUUAUUGAAUGUGUGUCAUUUCAUGACCACCUUGCCUUGACACCUUUGUGUGUUCACCUUGACUGGUAUUUUGU